GUGAAAACCCAAUCUCUGAUCCAGUUUCUUUCCCGCUGAGCUCGCCGCCCGAGACCAUCUUCGACGACACCGUAGACGACGACAGCCAGCGAGCAGAACUAUCUUACGAUGAGCAGUAAUAAGUUGGCGGUGCCCGGCCAGCCGAGCUCAUACUCGACCGCCGGCGGCGCGGCCGCGAGCGAUCCGUCGCUGCACCGAAUCAAGAACGAAUCAGGCUACUCGACGCCCGUGUUCAAGGAGAAGGAGGAGCAGCGCGCCAAGGUCCAGGCAAACGUCGCGGCCAAGGGUUUCAUCCCCGCGCCGCUCGUGCCUAACGAAGUCAACUGGUUCUACACCUCGCUCGGCAUCGACGACACCUACUUCUCCAGCACGGCCGUCGAUGUCAUCGCAGACCACAUCAUCGCCCUCUUCGGCGCCAAGGUCCUCGCCUACACCAAGCACGACCCCGGAAAGCUCGUCAUCGACCUCGAAAAAGUCGACGAGCGCGGCGCGACGUUCAUACACACCAGCGCGCCCGGCAAGACGGCCACGGACGGUCCGGGCGCUACCUGUGAAAGCAGGAUCGACGAACUGUACCUCGACGCCUCCACACCAUCCAACGCGUUCCGCCUCGAGACCUUCCGCUCGGCCGGCUCCAUCUCCGCCACGGCCUCCCAACAGCUCCGAUGCUACUUCGUCAACAGGUGUCACUUUCCAUCCUCGGAGACAAAGACGUCGAACGGAAAGACCGAUAUCCGGAGCGUGAGCGACGCCAGCUUCCUCGAGAAGGCGAGCGAGAACACGCUCGAGAUCUACCAGCGCGUUAUGUGGAGCGUGCAAGAACGCUACGGGCCUGUCAUCGAGGUGUUCGAGGUCGAGGGAAGCCGGGAAAGGCGCCUAGUUAUCGGAUACAAAAUGGGCGCCACGAAGGGAUUCUUCAGCGCCCUAUCGAACCUCUACCACUUCUACGAUCUCUACUCAGUGAGGAAAUACGUUGAGCAAUUUUCGAAUGGGAUUACCAUCAUCUCGCUCUACCUCAACCCUCUGCCUGAUACCCAAGCACCGCCGAUCGAGCACUCGAUCUUCCAGGUCAUGAAGGAGGCCAGCCUGCUCUACUGCCUCCCAGACAACCCCUUCUUCAAAGUCGACGAGGAAACCGGAGUCGGCAAACCGGUCCAAGAAGCCACCUACGCUUACUGCGGCUGGAUAUUCGCGCAGCACUUCUGCAACCGGCUCGGCCCCUCUUACCUCGCGCUGAAGAACAUUCUGAACGAGGCCGACCCGGCGCACGCCGAGGUGCUGAACGCGAUCAAGCGCCGGUUCAGGGAGGAGACGUUUACGCGCGAGAGCAUCGCGCAGGUUAUCCACGCCCACGCGGACCUCAUCCGGCAGCUUUACGUCAACUUUGCCAUGACGCAUUACCCCCAGGCGGAGGAAGCGCAGAUGAUGCCGACGCUGUCGUACCAGCGGCUGCAGACCGUCCAGGUGCUCUCGGACGAACAGCUGUACGACAAAAUCCGCCGCACGGUGCCGAACAAGAACGACCUCCAAGUUCUCGAAGCCUUCCUCAUCUUCAACAAACACAUCCUCAAAACGAACUUUUACCAGCCGACCAAGGUCGCGCUCUCGUUCCGGCUCGCGCCGACGUUCCUCCCGUCGGUCGAGUACCCGAAGACGCCGUUCGGCAUGUUCUUCGUGAUCGGGAACGAGUUCCGCGGCUUCCACCUGCGGUUCAAGGACGUCGCGCGGGGCGGCAUCCGGAUCGUGCGCAGUCGGAACAAGGAGAACUACUCGAUCAACCAGAGGAUGUUGUUCGACGAGAACUACGGCCUCGCGAGCACGCAGAAUCUGAAGAACAAGGAUAUCCCGGAAGGAGGUGCCAAAGGGACGAUUCUCCCCUCGCUCGGUGCGGACCCGAGGUUAUGCUUCGAAAAAUAUGUCGACGCUAUCGUCGACUUGCUCAUCCCUGGCCAAACGCCUGGCAUCAAGGAGCGCCUCGUCGACCUGUACGGAAAGCCGGAAAUCCUCUUCUUCGGACCCGACGAGGGCACCGCCGACAUGAUGGACUGGGCUGCUCUGCACGCUCGCUCGCGCGGCGCGGAGACCUGGUGGAAGUCCUUCACGACCGGCAAGUCCGCGGAGACGCUUGGUGGCGUGCCCCACGACACGUAUGGCAUGACCUCGCUGUCGAUCCGGCAGUACGUGCUGGGCAUCUACAAGCAGCUCGGCUUGAAGGAGAGCGAGAUCACAAAGGUGCAGACGGGCGGGCCGGACGGCGACCUUGGUUCCAAUGAGAUCUUGCUGAGCUCGGACAAGACGGUGGCGAUCAUCGACGGGUCCGGUGUUCUUGCCGAUCCGGUUGGCAUCGACCGCGAGGAGCUCGUCCGGCUCGCGAAGCUGCGCAAGCCCGUCGCGUUCUUCGACACGUCCAAGCUGAGCAGCCAGGGGUACCUCGUGAAGGUCGAAGAGCACGAUGUCAAGCUGCCCUCUGGCGAAGUCAUCGUGGACGGCACGGACUUCCGCAACACCGCACACCUUAGGUUCAAGGCCGACCUGUUGGUGCCGUGCGGUGGCCGUCCCGAGGCGGUGAACAUCUCGAACGUGGCGGCGCUGGUGGACUCGGAGGGCAAGCCGCACUUCAAGUACAUCGUCGAGGGCGCGAAUCUGUUCCUGACCCAGCAAGCCCGGCUUUACCUCGAAAAGCGCAAGGUCAUCCUCUUCAAGGACUCGAGCGCCAACAAGGGCGGCGUGACGAGCUCGUCGCUCGAAGUCCUCGCCGGCCUCGCGCUCUCGACGGACGAAUACGUGAACCUGAUGAUCUUCAAGGACGGCGAGCCCUCGGCCUUCUACCAGAGCUACGUGAAGGACAUCCAGGCGAAGAUCGCCGAGAACGCGGCGGCCGAGUUUUCGUGCAUCUGGAAGGAGCACGCGCGGCUCGGCGGGUCCAAGCCGCGGACGCUCAUCUCGGACGAGCUGUCGAGCAGGCUGAACGAGCUGACGGACGAGCUCGAGGGCUCGGACCUGUUCGAGGACGCGCCGAGCCGGCGCGGGGUCAUGCGCCGCGCGAUACCGAAGACGCUCGUGGACGAGGUCGGGCUCGAGACGCUGCUGAGGCGGCUGCCGGAGCCGUACCAGCGCGCGCUGUUCUCGAGCUGGGUCGCGAGCCAUUUUAUAUACAAGUACGGCGUGAACGGCUCGAGCGUCGACUUUUUCCAUUUCGCGCGCGAUCUGGCCAACUGAUUCGUCCGACGGAACGGGGGAAAAAAAGGGAGGGGGUGGGGGAGAAAGGAGGAGAGAAAGGAGGAGAGAAAGGAGGAGGAAGAACGUCGUCGUCGCUAUCGCAUUCGCAUUGUAUUUCAAGAGUAGGACGAAUCCUGGACUCGGUCGGGUUCCAAACUGUACUGGAUCUGGACAAACAUCUAAUUUACGUGUACACAUUGAAUUUUUAUUUUUCUUCUUCUUUCCGGCCCGUGCAAACGUACAAUCACAAGAGAAGGGGGGGGGGGGAAGCGAGGACCAAAGGCGGGUGAAAUCUAUGGAGGGAUGCUAUUUUUUUUUCCUUUGACGCAGCGGUAUUUAUAUUACCCACGAAGGCGAAACUUUGCUCAAUCGAGAGAGGCGAGGCCGUCCCGGAUGUACUCCUCGUACAAGCUCUUGUACGUCGGGUGCCAGCGACUGAGCGCGGGCCUGCUCUCCGUGAUAUCUCCGGCGCUCCACAUGAUGCGGAGAUGGUCGAGCGCGGGCCGGGUCUCGUUGUCCGGGCAGAGGAUGUAGAACUCGCCGACGCGGACGCGGUCGAGCAUGUAGAGCACCGUCUCUUCCGGCGACCAGGCGCCGUCGGGUUUGGGCCGGUGGUCGGGCGCGGUGUCGCCCUGCGCGGAGCCGUAGCCGGUGUGCGUCCAGCCGGGGAUGAGCAGGUGGGCGGUCAGGUUCUGGGCGGGCAGGUCGCGCAGUUCGGCGGCGAGCCCUUCGGUGAGGGAUUUGAUCGCGGCCUUGGAGGCGUUGUAGGCCGCGUUACCCGGAGGGUUGGUGAUGCCUUGCUUGGAUCCGGUGUUGAUGAUCACGGACUGGUUCUCUUGGUGGAGCAUCAACUGUGUUGAGGAAGCGCGGGCGGCGAGCGUAAGUGGGGGCGCACCCGUGCUGUACACUACUAAACUAUAGGGAGCGAGACGAUUACGCACGGGCACGAACGUCUGCUGGACGUUGACGAUCCCGAACACGUUGAUAUCGAACACCUUGUGCCAGACGUCGAGGCCGUCCCACGACGUGCCCUUCUUGCCGUCGAUCGUGCCCAGGCCGGCGUUGUUGAACAGCACCGCGACCUACAACGGCGUUGAACCGCAUUUCGCCCGUUUCGCAUUGUCCCCCGGAAUGAAGGAGGAGGAGGGAUGCGAGAUCACGCGAUCGCACGCAUGGUGGCCGGUCCGCGGGCGAGCGAGCGAGAGAGACACACACAGAGGGCAGGGGGGCAAGGGGAAGGGGGGGGAGAGGGUGGUGUCACGGGCGUGCGCGCCGGGCGGUGCGGAACGGGAAAGAGAGCGCUGCUCACCUCGCCCCAGGUCUCGUACACGCGCUCCUUCAGGCGUACGACGUCUUCGAGCUUGCUCACGUCGGUCGGGACGACGAUGUGGCCCGGGCCCGGCGCGGCGUGCGGCGGGAGCGUCUUCUGGAUCGCGGCGACCUCCGCCGCGACGAACUCGAGCCCGGCCGCGUUCACGUCCGCGAGCGCGACCUUCAUCCCGAGCUUGGCUAUCUCUUUCGCGGCGGCGCGUCCGAUCCCGCUGGCGGCGCCGGUGACGACCGCGACGCGGCCGGUGUGGAACACGGGGUGCAUCGUCUCGUCGAGGGGCGAGAGGGCGUCUUCGGGGCGGAAGGACGUCGCCGCCGUGAAUGGCGGGCGCAGCGGGCUCGGUCCACGGCUUCCCAUUGGCAUCGUCGGAAUUUAGCGGGGGGCAGGGCUAGGAAGGCGAGACUGGGCGGGAGGCGACGAAAGGUCGGUCGAGUUUCCACGGCGAUGGCAGAACAGAUACGGAUGUAUAUCUGGACGAUCGGGAUCCAGGAGAGUAC